AUGAGUGAUUUAAGAUUGUUGAAUCAAAAUAAAAGCCUUCACCAUUUCCAGAAUACAUUUUUCAAAUAAGAACCAUCUCCUUGUAAAUCAUAUCGUAAAUAACUCGAAUAACAUGGAUCACCAAAUCAUUUAUCAACAUCUCUUUCCAUUUCGAAGACACUUGCUAAUAAUAAACCUUAAUCUUAAUAAUCAGAAACCUCUUAUGCUUAUUUUUUAAUACAACAAAUUAAACAGUUAGAGUAGACAAUAGAAGAAUUAAAAUAAGAAAAUCAGUUACUAAAAUCUUAAUAGAAGAUAGGAUUUUUGGUAUAAUUAUUAAAUAAGUUAGGAUUUACAAUUUUAACAUAAAUAAAUGAAUAAAUAUCAUAGUUUAUUGAAGUCUGUAUAACAAAUUAAAUUGGAUAACAUAAAAUUAAGAAAAAGCAUAGAAUAGAUGAAUAUGAUGAUGAAAAUUCAUUUGGUACCAGUGAAUGAAAUGUUUUUGANUAACAAUGUUAAGAAACAAUUAAACAAUAUAACUAUCAAAAGAGCCUAAUUAAAAUAGCUCUUACUGCUGUUAGCCAACUAUAGGCAAUUUAUAAAUUCAAAGAUGAUUCAGAUUCUACUUGAUGUGCCUCAAUACUGA